CUCUAAUACUCGAUAUUUCAACAAGAAAGUCAAAUCACAGAUUUAAGGUUGAUAACCACUACCAAGGUAGAACUGUACACAUUGGUAUAAAACUGCUUACAAAUGCAAACAAAUUAAGGACACAUUUUGCGGUUUCACGAGCUGUAGUAACCUUAUCAGGUGAACAUGUUCCCCAAAAGAAGAAAAACACAUGAGUUUAAACAACUUUAAACGGCAGAUCAUUUUAUACGUAACGAUGGUUUUAUUAUGAAUUCACUUCACAGUCUAAUAGCGAUUACAUAUUGAUGGUUAAUGCUGUUAGGAUGUGGUUGGAUCAAUAGUGUGGACUCAAAAUUCUAUUUGUGGAGGAAAUGCAUCAUAAAAGGAGUUAAUACCAUCUGAAAAGAAACACCGAAAAUAUCUAACAAAGUGCAUGUUAAAGAUAUUUCAGCUUUGUGAACACAUGAGAUACAUACAUUAUAUUGCAACAAUAGAAAUAAUAACAGAGGAUAGAAAACUUGACAACUAAAUACAGGGAAAAAAACUUAUCGUGCAUAAUGGAAUAAGAGAAGACCGUGAAUAGAAAAUUACUUUAACCAGGAUGACUUUCUGAACGCUCGGGUGAACGGUAAUACGGCUGUAUGUUUCUAAAUGAUAUACCGUACCAAACGAUCUGCCAAGUGAGAUGAACGAGCUGAUUGCAAGAUGUCUGGCAAACCCUUUAACGAAUAUAGCUAUUAUUGCAAACAAAAUGAAACUGACUUGAAAACAAAAGUUGAAAACGAAACUACGAAACAGACACUGGCCAGUGUAUAAGGGAUCCGAUUGACUUCAUCAACCAUAAAGAUGAACUGGAGCCGAUUGCGCACUAGCGGAACUGAGAACGUGUUUAAGGGAUCCCAGCUGGUAACCAGCGUCCUCGAACGCCACAACCAACACUUCCGUAGCAGAGCAGCGGCGCUGAAAUUCUGCCGACAGCUCUUUAACGACGGAGUUAUACGCGGAGUAUUUGGUGCUGGCAAAUUUGAGGACUCCGUACAGCUUUACACCUGGUCGGCUCAACAUGGUCCAAAUAUGACGUCACAACAUGGUCCAAAUAUCACGUCACAACAUGGUCCAAAUAUGACGUCACAACAUGGUCUGAAUAUGACGUCACAGCAUGGUCAAAAUAUGACGUCUCAACAUGGUCCAAACAUGACGUCACAACAUGGUCAAAAUAUGACAUCAUUUCACUCCGAUCUGACCACUAGCCCGUCGAAAUCCUACGGUUAUUCUAGUGCGGAUAUAACUCUGACUAAGCGUGAACUAUAUCAACAAAAGGAAACCAUACGACCCAUAGACCAUUCAGUAGCUCGCGAUUCGAGUAGAAAUGUACCUUAUACACAUGACGUGAACAAUUACUUUCGAGAAAUGCAAAACGGUGUGGGAGAGAACCAUGGUCAUCGUGUCAUGACGUCACAUUCUCAAAUACCAAGCUACCAAACAUCCUGGAAUUUACAGCGAGCAAGCACGGCAUCUAGCGAAAGUUCAGUGGACAUUUUGUCUCAUGCAUACGGAAAACACAAAGAUAAGCCAACCGUGAAAACUUCAUAUACGUCACCCUCUAAUUCGCAUUCGCAUUCGCAUUCACGUGACCAUGACGUCAUACCGGAAGAAGGCCCAGAAGACCCACUUCCGGUCAUGGAGAGAACUCAAACGAGCACAGAAUAUGAUGGAACGUCGAGUUUUCCACGGAGCGUUAACACAGAUACAUCCGCAACUAAUGACGUAGAAACUAUGACGUCACCGAGACGGUGGCAGCAAGACUAUCAGAGUUCAUACUCAGAUAAUGAAAAACAAUUAAUAGAACAAAUGCGUCGUAUGAAAAAGGAACAUUCGCAUAUUUUGAGAACCUAUGAGGAAAGGAUUAAUAAAUUAAUGGCAAAAAUGCACGAAUUGCGAAGUAUUGCUGAAAUGCUCGAGAACUCGAGUACAAAGUCUUCGCCAUAUGCCAUGAUCAACAACAAAACUGGGGUCCUUAACUUCUUAAGUUCUAAGACGGAUCAUGACCGGAAGUCGAUUGGACCUGCGACCGGAAGUGACGGUGAGGCACCCCCGCCGCUUCCGCCCCGACCCGGCCGCGGGAGCCGACUUUAUCCGAAUAAGCCAUAUUUACAGACGGACGCCAAGAUGACUUCUUUACCAUGGACACGGAUUAUCCUGAAGGACGAAAGUGGCGAGGAGCAGGCGACAAUCUGGCACACGAUGAUCGAACCUAAACUGGACUCGGAGGAAAUCGAACGGUUGUUCAGUGUACCGGUGGCCUCACAAACGGACGGGGCGACACUCUAUGACGAUCUCAUCAUACGUAGAGGGCGCUCAAGACAACAGCUCGUCAGUAUUUACGACACCGAACGCUCUCAACGGAUUGUCGUCUGCAUGAAGUGCUUGCGCGCGACCCUGAAUGACGUCAUUUCUUCUGUGUCGACGCUGGAUACGUCACAGGUGAACCACGACGGACUUGCAGAGUUAAUGGAGCUACUGUCUCCAUCACAAGACAUUGACAGAAUCCUGUAUCACGUGAGGAAGAAGGGCGCAGGCCAUCUAGAUCACCCCGAGUACCUUGUGUUCGAGCUAUCCAAGGUUGACCACUUCCGGGACAGACUCGAGUUUAUCCGCUUCCGGUUCCGGCUCCUCCUACACCUGUUCGAGAUUGACCAACAGAUGAGGGAAUUAAAUACUGCCUGUGAUGAGAUCACAAGCAGUACGCCCCUCAAACAGCUACUUGAGACGGUUCUUGCGGUGGGGAAUUACCUGAACGGCGGCACGGAAUGCGGACAGGCGGACGGUUAUGGAUUGGACGUUCUUAACAAAGUAAAGGAAUUGUCGGACAGGGACGGCAAGGGGACGUUACUCGAAUUCGUCUUAAAGACGUACUGUGCCGUGUAUGAGAGUGAGGUGGACAUUGGCUGCCCGACGCGCUUCCGGUUACCGGAGCCGUCCAACAUGCGGCACGCGGCUUCCGUCUCCUUUGAGGGGAUCCAGGACGCCCUGUCCAACAUACACGCCGAUCUGAAACACGUGCGAGAAAAGCUGUUGGACCCAGCCAUUAACAAGGAUACCACCCGCCCCAUGGAUAGCUUCCGGGUCACUGCCGAGAAUUUCUUCGCAGCAGCUCUGGAAGUGAUCGGUGAGCAAGAAAAGGUGCUACAGGACACUCGAGACGCAUUCGACCGAACAACCACCUUCUUCUACGUCGACAAACAGCACGUUACUCCCCAGCAGUUUUUCCACGUGUGGGCGGUGUUCCUGCACGACUGCAAGUACGUUUGGAAGCUGGCCCAUAGACGACUCGCCCGCGAGAGGUUCGAGCUCGAGUUCAAAUACAAAGGGCAACUGUCCGCGUGUUCGCUGCAAGGAUAUGGAAUAUUCCGAGCUGGGGUGAUGAAAGGUGCAGACUCAAUCAUUACAACCGACCCCAAAACAUCAACAGCACAGCGCAAUAAAAACAAUCGCUGGGCAGAUGUCCCUGAAAAUCAGACGAGACCAAAUGUCCCGCCCAAACCGAACAGGUCCAAGAACCAGGACGAGACUUAUAAGCCUUCUGGCGGCAGUGAUAGAUCGUCUUCUCCGAAACCCCUGACUUCAACUCCGCCCUCAUCAGUGAGAAAACCACUGCCACAAAAUCCAAACCAGAAUGGUUCACCGCCGACUGGUUUCUCGUCGUUUGUUCCACCUAAUUACGAAAACCAGUCAGAAUUUGAUCGUCUGCAUCAAAAUCAUAGUCAAUUUCAUCAUCAACAUUCCAUACCCGUAGUCUCAGGGAUACUGAAUCAGACACCUUCGUCAGUACACGAACACAGUCCUCCACCCGGAAGUGCCAACUACCGUAGUCCAGACAUGACGUCAUCAACAAAUGCCACAUCCAGGGAUAAAAAGUCGCAAUCUCAGUUUUCGCUCAAGACCUGGUUGAGACGCGAACGUGAGCAAGUCAGAAAAGAAGUAGAACAUGAUUCGAUUGAUCAAACUGAUUCGAAACCGCAAAGUCCGUCCAGGUCAUUUUCAAAGUUUAAAAACACAAUGAAACAAAAGUUCUCGGGCGGAAGUUCAAAGAAAAACGAAGCAUCUGAUAGGAAAUCAAAGGACCACAAGACACCAAAUUCACUGUCAAAUAGACAUGCAACCGACAAUCCUGUUUCACCAUACGACAUUCUAAGAACAAAUCAACCAAGUACGUCUGCCGCAUCUUAUAAAGCAGACGACCAGCUUCAAAAUGCUGAAUCUGGUAUACUAGCGAGUUUGGAGAGCGAGUUUGCAAAUAAGCCUAUCCCUGACACAAUUAUAUCACCAAUUGACGACCCAGAUGCAGACGACAUUUUGGUACAGGAUCAUAAACAUGAACUCCAAAAUGGCAUCCCGCCGAAAAUACGAAGAGAUGAAUUUUACAAAGAUACCAGUGAUAUGAACAAUAAUGAUAAGUUUGGUGUGAAUUACAAACCAGAAACACUAAGAGAGGAAUUUCCCUUGUAUGGUCGUGUGCAAAAAGAUCAUACACAUCGUGAUUCAUAUUUGGCAAAUUCUGAAAAUACCUUUCUCACUCCGGUUGCAGAGUCUAAACGCAUAGUUGGUAUGGCAGCACCUAUUUAUAAAGCAAGAGUUAUCAAUAAUUACGAAAACCAGGGUAAAUUUGAAAAUCCAAAUAUACCACGACAACAGGCUGAACCCGCGAAGCCCUUGCGGAAUGGGAAUUUAGACUAUACACAUACAAAUAGCGAUGUCCCAAAUAACCAUGACGUCAUCACAUACCCAUAUUCACGUCAAACCACAGAACAUACAAGAAACCGUAGUUCUGAUGAAGUUUUGAAGCCAAAGGCACAACAAAAACUGGUUGGAAGUAAUCAACAUUUUAAUGGUGAGGUCUCUGCCUAUGAACACCAGUCAAGAUCUGUUGCCAGUAGAACGCCAGAAAAGAACGCGCCAGCAGCCGAAACACCACGAAAAAGAGCACUGUUAGGAAACAAGAACUACACUACACCAGGCAAAAGAGUACCAAUGAACGUUCAGUCGAUCGGUUCAUUAAUAGAUAAGUUUGAUAAAGCUGAAAAUAAUUCAAAAACGGGUGACAAUAGUUCAAACAAGCCCGAUGCUAUGACGUCAACGCCUGUUGCUCACAGAAGGAAUGGUUCAAACACGGACAGUAAAGACAUGUCACCUCCAUUACCACCGCGUGAAAGGAAUCUAGCCCCACCAAGGUCGUCUGGCCAACAGUUUACACCCAAUGAAAAUGUGAAUGAUUCAAAUAUGACGUCACGAUAUACGUCACCAGAUAAUCGACAGCCUUUCUUUUCACCACAGUCAAGAACAGAAAAUAUAUCGACCAACCAAUUUUCACCACCUAGCGCUUAUCCUGCACCUCAAGGUCAAACACCCGAAUCACAAGGUCAUUUCUCACGUCAGACGCCGAAAACUACACCAAACUCGCAGUCAUAUGGACAGUAUACACCACAACUGUCGAAUGGCUAUCUACCAAACAGAGAUACUCGUAACCAGUGUUCAAAUUCUCGCGACCGUGUUAUUCCCAAUAGCAACGGUCUUAGCAACGGUUUCCAUGACAAUGGUGAACACGAUCGAUCUGAUGACAAAGAUGACGGCUACCGAGCAAAACUGCGGAAAGCGGCAAACUUUAACCAGUCGGCAUUUGAUAGAAUGCCAAAAAAUAGUCCUCAAUACACUGGUAGAACGAGUUUUGGCUCUCCAUAUGAAGUCAGGGCCGGUUACUCUUAUGGGUCAACGUCUGCAAUGAAAUCCCCUUUGAGCAAUGAUGAGGAUAUUUCUUACAUGGCCAUAUAAAGUGUUUAAGGAUGUCCAGACACUAAGCCUUGUUUUUAUGUCAGAAGUUAAUUUAUUUUAUGUAUUAUGCAAUUAUAUUUUGUUUUGUUUUUCUAAAAUUCUUGUUUACAUAUAGACGGAUUUUUUUUUAAAGCAACACACUUGAAGAAAUACAUGAAUAUACAAGUAUGCCAAUGAGUGAUUUGUAAGAACUGGUCAUUAAUCAUUUAUAGAAAGAUGUGCUGAUGGUGCGUGAAAAUUAACUGCCUUUUAAUGAUUAGAACAAGUGAUUAUUUGGGUACAUUUUAUAAAAAAAUGUUUGUCGAAAUAUAAUGUUAAAGGAAAUAAUGUGUGUAGUAUUUUAACAGUCUGUACCUGUUGGCACUUCUCUUUCAUUUCGCUUCAAUAUUCAUGGUGAUUAUAAUUAGAAUCAUACAGAUAUUCGUUUGAAUUGUUAGCUAUCAAAUUAUAUUAGCAUAUCUGUAUUUACCUGAAAAGGGCUUUGUCUUUGCUAUUAAAUAUUUGUAUGAUUCAAUUGAUCCACUGGAGUUAUUGAGGGUUCUUUUCGUUCGGUUAAUGAUCAGUUCUAUGGCGUAAAUUCAUUGCGUACAUAAAAUAUCCGAUGUUCAAUUGUGUGAAUCUCGGAUACCUGAUGACCGCGGAUCAUUUUGUAUCAUUUGAAAGGGUUUUAUGAAUAGUGAAAGAACAUGUAAAACUACACCGACAAAAAAAAGAUUUCAGGAAAGCUAUUGGGCAUUCGGAACUCCUCUGCCAUUUUUAUCGAAAACAACCUCGCAUGUAUAUGAACGGUUUACAUACUCAGAAAUCGGUAUGUUUAAGUCCGCCGCAAGUAGAUCGCGUAGUAAUUUAAUUCAGCGGUUAAACUUAAUGACUUAACUCUUGGGAAUCUUAAUUAUGUUCGCAAUAAAACACUUUACUGGCAAUCAAUUUAAACUUAGAUCAAUAAAUACAAGCUUAAACACUACAUUCUAUUAAUGAUAAAAAUUCAAAAAAUUACGAAAUACUUCUUUGUUUCGAUAAAAAUUACCGAGGAGUUCCGAAUGGCUAUUGAAAUACAAAUGUGAAAUAGUCUAUUCCUCGACAGAUUUCAUUUGAAAAUAAGUAAAAAAAUAAUGUUCAUAUAAGUUAUCAGUAAGAAAGAACCACUAAUUAUACCAAAUUUUAUGGGGUCACCAGCAUCAUUAUUUAAUAUAUCUGCUUAUGGCUAGAUACAACGAAAAUCGUAUUUAUACAACAGAUACCUAUAUACAUUGUUUGGUCAUAAGAUCUGCGCUGUAGGUUUCUUUUCCAACAUUUGCUUAAAUAUUGAAAAGCUUUUAAUACUUAUGACUUCAGCAUUUUCACUCAUGUUAGUUUAUCCAUUAUAACAAGGCUAGGAAAUAAGGUUUUAUUUAACCAAAUGGUGACUUAAGUUUGUAAGUAAAUUAAAUCGUUUUAUGAUUUAUUUUCAUGCCAUAUUCUGUAUUUCAUAUUUUGAUGAUUUUUAUUUCAUGACAAGUUUAUGACGAGUUUCAUGACACUAAUAAAAUACACUUUACCUGU